AUGCAUUCCUUCAAGAGCAUUCUCUUUCCUUCCCUCUUUGCUUUGGCUCAUGGGCACUCUGUCAUUCUCAAUGCCCAAGGUCUCGACACUUCUCCUGCUAGUGUAGGAUUUCAAGUUGAUCCCGAGAUCGCCCGCAACUGUAUCACUAUCAAUCCUUGUCAGCAGGAUGCCACUAUCAUUCGUGAUGCAGAGAUCACUGCCAACAUCGUCAACCAGUGUGGCCGCACUGAGCUUUCUGGUAACAUUGAUGUCGGCGAGAACACUGAGAAUGCCCUUUCUGCUGGCAAGGUCACUCAGGUUGAGGCUGGUGGUGAGCUCACUGUUACCAUUCAUCAGGUCAACGCCGACGGUGCUGGCCCAUACGUGUGUGAUCUUGACGAGAGCAGCAACACCAACACCAACAUUCAGAACUUGACCGUUACAAAUAACGUUCCAGGAACAAAUGGUCUCUCUCAGGUCAAGACUCAGGCUUUCAACAUCACCGUCAAGAUGCCUGAUGACCUCAACUGCUUUGGAGCUUCCACCGGUAACAUUUGCACCGUCCGAUGCCGUAACAACGCUCUCGCCGGCCCCUUCGGUGGCUGCUUCGCCGUUCAGCAGGCCGAUUCCGACAAGAAGACCAACACUCCUCAGAACAUCAAGACUACUCAGCAGCUCCAGGCCAUCAACGCUCAGGUCCUCCAGAAUCAGAAGGACUUUCCCGAUUCCGUGAAGGCCAACGAGAACGCUACCAACGACGAGGCUGAUCAGAACAAGGCAGCCGUCGACGCUCUGCUUGGCAACACCAUCGUCACCUCCGCCUUUGCUACUGAGACACCCUCUGUUGUUCUUGGACGACCCCCUGCAGCUACCGAGACAGGCGCUGGAGGCGACGACAACAACAACGGUGGAAAUAACGGUGGUAACGACAACAACAACAACAACAACAACAACAACGGCGGUAACAACGGUGACAAUGGCGGUAAUGGAGGCAACGGCCAAGGUCAAGACAAAGGCCAAGGUAAUGGUAACGGCCAGGGUAACGGACAAGGCAACGGUGGUCAAGGCGGCCAAAACGGCGAUAACAACCAGGGAGGUAACGGCGGUAACCAGGGUGGCCGAGGGGGUUUCGGAGGUGGUCAGGGUCGAGGGGGUUUCGGUGGCGGCGGUAACUUUGGCGGAUUCGGAGGAAACGCCAAGCGAGCUGCUUCUAAGCUCCGAUGGGCCAAGCGAUUCUUCACCCAAGAAGAUACCAUCUAA